AUGGCAUGGCCAGGAAAAGGAGUCGAGCUGUCUGUCUACCCUGAAAUUGGUCCCAAUCCAAUCAUUAAACGAAUUACAGAUGAAGAUCCACGAGAUAAAAUGCAUACAAUCGAAAUGUGGGCUUAUUUCACAACUGAUACUAAUGGUGGAAAAACAUUGCCAACUGGUAAAUAUUCAGGAGCUUUUAAAAUUGGUACCUAUGCAGGAUAUAAUGGAGGAUAUAGAUCGGAAGUUUGGACACAUAUGGUCGAAAUCAUUGCCAGUGGAGCUCCUCCAAAUCCUAUCAAUGGUCAUAGCUUUUAA